UUUGGAUUUGAUGUUUGACAAGGAAGAAGCACCGCAAGUGGAUGGAUAUUCUUGUGGUGUGUUCAUAUGUAUGUUCGCAAGACUAAUAGCAGAAGAUAUUGAAUGGACAAAAUCAAAAAUAUUGCUAAAUUUGAAGAAGCUGCUAAAAAAUUUAGAAAAGUUGUGUAUAGAGCUAUGGAAUUAUGCAGUAUAAGUUGGACAAAUUCUUAGUAUAUAAAAUAUAAACUACUACUUUUUAAAAACUUUUUCUAUUA